AUGGGCUCUAACAACGCCUACGGCGGCGAAGAGGAGAUCAACGUCCUGAUCACCGGCUUUGGUCCCUUCAAACAAGAAUACCCCCACAACCCAUCCUGGGAAAUUGCCUCCCGCCUGCCCGCCGUCCUCCCCUCCCUGCGCGCCAAACAGCCUUCCACCGUCAAACCGCCCUUCAUUCCUCGCGUCAACCUGUACGUCCACCCGAAACCGAUCCACGUAGCCUACAAAACCGUUCGCGAGCUGGUGCCUAAACUGUGGGCUCGCAACUUUGCCGAUUCCUCCUCUGCGCCCACCACUGCAGAAACAACUUCCGAAGAAGAGCAGGAGGCCCCUCGAAAAUCCAAAUAUGACUUCGCAAUUCACAUCGGCAUGGCGGGUCCUCAACCACGCUGGGCAAUCGAGCGCUUAGCUCACCGCGACGGAUACGCCCUGCGGGACGUGGACGGGGAGUUUUUGCGAGAUAAGGAUAAUCAGCUUAGGGACGAUUGGGUGUGGAAGGGGUGUCCGACGGAGCUGAGGACGGAUUUGGAUUUGGAUGUGAUUCUGAAAAAGUGGAGGGGGUAUGCGCCUCCUGAGUUCCAGCAGAGCUCCAGUCACGGUACCGAUGGGGCUGGGGAUAAGGCUGGGGCUAUAAAUGGGACAGAAGGUAAAGGGAGGGGUGGAGGAGAUGGAGGUAAAGCGAAGGGGCAGGGGCAGAAUGGAAGUAAAGAUGGUACCGGGGCAGCCAAAUGGUAUGGCAACGACAUCAAAGGCGCCAAGGGGGAUAAGCUGGUGAUCAGUGAAGAUCCGGGGAGGUAUCUUUGCGAUUUCAUCUACUAUAGCAGCUUGGCGGAGCUGUACAAGCAUAAGGCCGAGAGGAAGGUGGUGUUUUUGCAUGUGCCGUGUGAGAUGGGCAGGGAUGGGGAGUAUGUGAGGAUUGGACAGGAAUUGGUGUUGGGGUUGGUGAGGAGUGUGGCGGAGUGGCUGGUUGAUGAGAAGAAGAGGAGGGGUGGUUUGAGGUGA